GCGCAAUGUUCCAUUGUUCAUAUCGCUAUCCGUGAAAGCAAUGCAAACGCUGGCCAAAGCGUUCCUCAUCCUUUUGAAUCUCGGCUUCAUCGUCGGCGGGUCCCUGUUGAUCUACUUGGGUGUUGUCCUGCGCGGGGGGCACUGGUCGGAUGUGUUUUCUGCCAACAACAUCACGUCCGACGGCAAUUCGGCGUCCAUGAUCUUGAUCAUCCUGGGAGGCGUGAUUGUCCUCAUUGCGUUCUUUGGGUUUGCGGGUGCCAUUUGUGCGAACCGGUGCCUCCUAACACUGUAUUCUGUAUUUGUCGUGAUCGCGAUGCUCAUUUUCAUCGGUGUGGCCAUCCUCGGUUUUGUGGCGGGCGGGGGUGCCAAGAACUGGGCCUCAAAAGCGUACCCUGCCGUCGCCCAAGAGUCGGAGAUUGCCACCGGGUUCAACGGCGUGUACUGCCAGGCUCAGGGCGCCCGGUUUUGCACUUCGGCGACCGCCAAGGAAGCGUUUGCUGCGUUGGUCCCGACUGCCUCGGCCACGAUCACAGCCGUGGCGUCCGAGGUAGGCAUCGGCGUCACCGAGCCCACGGGGGUCGUGGGGUUUUGCAAAAACGUCGACGCCAAGGCGGCGUCGCUCGGUCCAUUGGAGGCCGCGUUCACGGCGAAGCUCCCGAAAGAAUACAAGAGCGCAUGCGGAGUGUGCGACGAUGUCAACAUCAAAUUUGGCGACUACAAAUCCAUCUUUGAAUGGACCAACGACCAAUGCCCCAUGACGCCGCCUGUGGCCAUGUGGUGCGGCGCAUAUUUGCUCACGAACGCCUCUGACCAAGGGGUGUACGAAGGCACGCCAUACAAGCAGUGCCGACCCGUGGUCUUGGAACUGUGGCGAAGCUAUGCCACCAAAGUGGGCAUCGGGGGGGUCAUUUUGGCUGUGAUUGCAUUGGUCUUAGUGGUCUUGGCAUGCCGCAUUGGACGGCAAAACAACGACGACUAUUACGUGGCGUAAUAGGAUGAAAACAUUUACUGUACGGUUCAAACCUUGUUCUUGCCCAAUACAGUACCGGUAACGAUAAUAGAUUCGUUGGGCUGAGCCA